AUGAGUUGCAACAUUAAGGAGACUAUUACUGUGUCUAGCAAAGGCAGGAGCAGCGGUGGCAGCUGUAUCAUUGGUGGUGGUGGUGGAGCACGGAUUUCUUCCUAUGGGAUAGGCAGUGCCAGAGGUUUCUCUGGAAGGAGCUACUGCGGUGGAGUGAAUUAUGGAGGGGGACUGAGCGUUGGUAGCUUGGCUGGUGGGAGCUAUGGAGGUGGCAACUGCUAUGGCAAUGGCCUGGGGUUUGGCCUCGGAGGAGGGGUGGUUGUUGGGGGUCUCGGUGGCGACUGUUUGCUGUCGUCCUGCGAUGAGAAGGUCACCAUGCAAAACCUCAAUGACCGCCUGGCCUCCUACCUGGACAAGGUGAAGUGCUUGGAGAAGGAGAACGCCGAGCUGGAGUGCAGGAUCAGAGAGUGGUACGCGACACAGGGCCUGUCCUGCGAGCCCCGGGACUACAGCUGCUACUACAAAGAGAUCGAGGACCUUCAGAACCAGAUUGUCUGUGCAACCAUUGAUAACAACAAGAUCAUCCUGGACAUCGAUAACAGCAGGAUGGCUGCCGACGACUUCCGUGUGAAGUACGAGACGGAGCUGGCCCUGCGCCAGAGCGUGGAGGCCGAUAUCAACGGGCUGCGCCAGGUCCUGGACCAGCUGACGCUCUGCAGGUCCGACCUGGAGGCACAGCUGGAGUCGCUGCGGGAGGAGCUCUGCUGCCUGAAGAAGAACCACGAGGAGGAAAUGUGCUGUCUGAGGAAGCAAUCGACUGGAGAUGUGAGCGUGGAGGUCAAUGCCUGCCCUGGACCAGAUCUCAGGCAAAUCUUGGAGGAUUUGAGAUGCCAGUAUGAAACAUUGAUAGCGCGGAACCGCAAGGAAGUCGAGGAUUGGUACGAGUGCAAGAUUGAGGAGGUGAAUCGGGAGGUUAUUACAAGCGGUCAGGAGGUGGAGACGUGCAACAACCAGGUGACCGAACUGAGACGCCAAUUGCAAGCCCUGGAAAUCGAUCUCCAAGCUCAGCUCAGCCAGAGAAAUAAUUUGGAAUCCUCUCUGGCUGAGACUGAGUGUCAGUACAACACCCUCCUCGGUGAGCUACAGAACCAGAUCACGUGUGUGGAGCAGCAGUUGGCUGAAAUAAGGGCGGAAAUAGAGUGUCAGAACCAAGAGUACAAGACCUUACUGGACGUCAAGUGCCGCCUGGAGCAGGAGAUCCAGACCUACCGGUGCUUGUUGGAAGGAGGACAGCAGGACCUCAUUCACGGAGGAGGAAUCGGAACUGGCGGAGGGGUCAUUAGGACGAGCCACACCUACACAACAACUACAGCUGCCCACUGCCAGCCCCAGGUCCCACCCUGCAAGACUGGAGACAUACAAGUGACCUGCAGGAGAAUUUGUGAUUAAGGAGGAGCGGAUUGGAAGGUGACAGGGAAACCCAGAGACAAACCCAGAAUGCUC